UAAGGGUUUUUUGGCUGCCAAUCUUUUGCACUUCUCCGAAAAAGAAGAAGAGGCGGAAUUACUGUGAGCGAUGGUCCAAGAUGAAGACAAUUCUAGCAUUGGAGACUAUGGAUAUUCCUGGCGGUGUUAAGAUUAAGAUGAAAGCCAAGCAGAUCGAGGUGGAGGGACCACGCAGGAAGCUUACUCGCAACUUCAAGCAUCUCAACCUCGACUUCCAACUCAUCACCGAUGAGGCCACCGGAAAGAGGAAGCUCAAGGUCGACACUUGGUUCGGCUCCUGCAAGACCACUGCCGCAAUUCGAACUGCCCUCAGCCACGCCCUCAUCACCGGCGUUACCAAGGGCUACUGCUACAAGAUGAGAUUCGUCUAUGCACAUUUCCCAAUCAACGCCUCCAUCACCAACUCCAACCGUUCUAUUGAGAUCCGCAACUUCCUUGGUGAGAAGAAGGUGGAUAUGCUUGAAGAAGUCACUGUUAUCCGGUCUGAGAAGGUUAAGGAUGAAUUGGUGUUGGAUAGCAAUGACAUUGAGCUUGUUUCCCGAUCUGCUGCCCUGAUAAACCAAAAAUGCCAUGUGAAGAACAAAGAUAUCCGGAAGUUCCUUGAUGGUAUCUAUGUCAGUGAGAAAGGGCAAAUAGCUGAGGAGGAUACACACUCACUAAAUGGAAAAGGAUCUACAGGAGGUGGAAAGCUGAGUGGAAAUGGUGAAGUAGAGAAGGGGCUGUUGACACUAAUUUCCUCAGAUGCUCCUGGACUUCAGGUUUGUGACCCCAAUGGCCGUUGGUACCUGGCUGAUAGUGGCUUUGUUCCUGGGGACCUUUUACUUCUCACAGGCAAGGUUCUCAGCCAUGCUACAGCUGGUCUGAGGCCUGCGGCUUCACAUCGCUCUGCAUUGGAUAUCCCUCCAGGAACUUUUAGUGGCGGAAGGACAUCCCUCGUCUUUAGGCUCAUGCCACAAGGCAAUGCAAUACUUGAUUUUUCACCAAUUGCAGCAGCUGGUCAUGUCAUUCCUCAGAGUUAUGUGCCAAUCUCUGUAAUCCAGUUUAUGGAUGCUAUAAUAGUACUUGUUAUGUGCCAAUCUCUGUAA